UCUGCGCAUGCGCAAUACUAACAUUUGUGGGGCGGUGAGGAAUUUGUUUAUUUUCAUGGCUGCUGCAUGGCUAGCUGCGCAGCAAAUGUGCUGCUGUUAGUCUCGCCGAUCGCUGGUAUAUGUCCCGAAAUACACUCUCUCAGGACACUCGAAACAACCGCUUAGUAGCAACAGGACAGCUAAGGAUCGUUACAGAAAGAAAGUGAGUCUGUGAACUGUGAAUCUCAACUUUUAGACUACCCGGAGGAAGGUCUCAAAAACUCUCAGAAAACACCUAGACCCUAGAAGGGGGUCGCAAAGUUGCAGAUGAAAUGGGCAAUCAUUUUUUCUCAUCCAUCCAAAUUUGACUCGUAUUUCAGCUUUCCAGACCUGCUCUGUAUCGACUGUAACGCCUCUCUGGCGAGGAAGAGUGAGUGAUAGAGCCUCCCUGAAGGCUGAAACCCAAGGAGCAGGAUGUCUAUCGCCAGCACCCCCACAAGCAAUGACGCCUGCUUAAGCAUUGUGCAUAGCCUGAUGUGCCACAGACAGGGCGGGGAGAGCGAGAGCUUUGCCAAACGAGCCAUUGAGAGCCUGGUCAAAAAGCUCAAGGAGAAGAAGGAUGAAUUAGACUCCCUCAUCACGGCCAUCACGACCAACGGAGCGCAUCCCAGCAAGUGUGUGACCAUACAGCGAACUUUAGACGGACGUCUACAGGUCGCGGGACGUAAAGGUUUCCCCCACGUGGUCUAUGCACGACUAUGGAGAUGGCCCGAUCUGCACAAGAAUGAGUUAAAACACGUCAAAUACUGCCAGUAUGCCUUUGACCUCAAAUGUGACAAUGUUUGCGUCAAUCCGUACCAUUAUGAGAGAGUGGUGUCUCCAGGCAUUGACUUAUCAGGGCUGACACUUUCAACCUCAGGUCCACUCAUGGUAAAAGAUGAAUACGACUACGACAACCAGCAAUCUCACCCUGGUGCCGAAAGCCACCUGCAGACCAUCCAGCAUCCUCCGUCUAGGCCCGGCCCGCCAGAGACAUUCAGCAGCCCCUCACUUCUCCCUCCACCAGAGGGAAAUGGCUCGGCUUCAACCUCUGCCUUCUCCUCUAUCAGCGUGGGGCCCUCAAAUUCCACUCCAAACUGGAGCAGAAACAGCAGCUUCAACCCUGCAGGUCCACCGCAUCAAAAUGGCCACUUGCAGCACCAUACGCCCAUGCCUCACACUGGACAUUACUGGUCUGUUAGCAAUGAAAUAGCAUUCCAGCCACCAAUAUCCAACCACCCAGCUCCAGAGUACUGGUGCUCCAUCGCGUACUUUGAGAUGGAUAUUCAGGUCGGAGAGACGUUCAAGGUGCCCUCCACAUGCCCGAUAGUGACUGUGGAUGGCUACGUGGAUCCCUCCGGAGGUGACCGCUUCUGUCUCGGCCAGCUCAGCAAUGUCCACAGGACGGAAAACAUUGAGAGGGCCAGACUCCAUAUCGGCAAAGGUGUGCAGCUAGAAUGCAAAGGAGAAGGAGACGUUUGGGUCCGCUGCUUAAGCGACCACGCCGUGUUUGUGCAGAGCUACUACCUGGACCGAGAGGCGGGACGUGCGCCCGGGGAUGCUGUUCACAAGAUCUACCCCAGUGCUUACAUUAAAGUGUUUGACCUGCGUCAGUGCCACAGGCAGAUGCAGCAGCAGGCAGCCACAGCACAGGCUGCGGCAGCGGCUCAGGCUGCAGCAGUGGCUGGGAAUAUACCUGGUCCAGGUUCCGUGGGCGGCAUUGCUCCCGCUAUCAGUUUGUCGGCCGCAGCAGGCAUCGGGGUGGAUGAUCUGCGGCGGCUGUGUAUCCUGCGCAUGAGCUUCGUCAAGGGCUGGGGGCCCGACUACCCCCGGCAAAGCAUAAAGGAGACCCCCUGCUGGAUCGAGAUCCACCUCCACCGUGCUCUGCAGUUGCUGGACGAGGUGCUUCACACCAUGCCCAUCGCAGACCCACAGCCUCUUGACUAAACAAAUCAUUUGAAGACUGCCCUAUGAGUAGUGCGGAAGGCAACGGGUCAGGCGCAUGGAAUAGAAGCAAGGACAAACAUGGCAGUCACAAUAGCACAGUGACGCAAUUAGUACUGUGAUGCACAAUGGAUGUUUUUAAAGGUACUGACAAGCGCUCAAAAAUGAGUGAAUGAAACAUCCAGUGUUCAUACCAAAAGUACACGCCAUCUCAAUAAAUUUGAACAUGGUGGAAAGGAAAGAUUUAUUGAACAAUUUUUUUUCAAUUUGUACCUCAUCUCCAUCCAUUUCCUAGAAUAUUCUAUGAAAAUACAGCAAUGACCAAAGGUAUUUUACUUUCACUUCUUUAUGAAUAUGAAUUAAAAAUAUUUUUAACAAAAUAA